ACGGGAAGCAGCAGACAGACUCUACAUCUUCACCAGGACCUGUGUGAGCGCCUGCACUCUGUAACCCAAACAUGGGCAGCCAGUACUGCAACAGAUAUAGCAGCCACAAUGGCAAAGAGCUGAGGAUAGUGAUGAUGGGGAAGACUGGAAUUGGGAAGAGUGCCUCUGGAAACACCAUCCUGGGACAACAGUGCUUUGAAUCAAAGUUCAGUGCAAAGUCUAUGACUGUUGACUGCUCCCUGGGCAAAGCUGUGGUGGACGGGCAACAGGUUGCUGUUGUCGACACCCCCGGUCUGUUUGACACCAGGUUCGGCAUGGACAAAACAACUAAAGAUAUAAGUCAGUGCAUCUCUUUCGCUGCUCCUGGACCCCACGUGUUCCUGGUGGUCAUCAUGCCGGGCAGAUUCACUGAAGAGGAAAAGCAGACGGUGCAAAAGAUUCAAGAAAUCUUCGGCCAGGCUGCAGACAGAUACAGCAUGGUUCUCUUUACUCAUGGUGACCUUCUUGGAGACACAACUAUUGAGGAGUUCUUGGCUGAGAGCCCUGACCUGCAAGAAGUCGUGGCCAGAUGUAAUGGCCAGUACCAUGUCUUCAAUAAUAAGACAAAUGAUCGUUCUCAGGUCACCGAGCUGCUCCAGAAGAUCAGAAAUUUAACCCAGAGGAACGGAGGCAGCCACUACACCAACGAGAUGUUCCAAGAGGCUGAGAGGAAAAUCGAAGCUGAGAAACAACGCAUCCUGAGAGAGAAAGAAGAGCAAGAACGCAGAGAAAGAGAGGAAAUAGAGAGGAAACAACAGGAAAAAUACGAAGAAGAGAUGAGGAGAAUUAAUGAACAACUCCAGGCUGAGAGGGAGAGGGAGAGAAUACAGAGAGAGGAGGAGUUGAGGAGGGAGAGGGAGAGGAGGGAGGAGGAGAUGAGAAGGGAGAGAGAGGAAAGAGAAGCAGAAAGGAGGAGAGAGGAAGAGGAGAGAGAGAGGCAGCUUGAAAAUAUGAGGAGACAGUUAGCAGAAGAACGUGAAAGACAACUGGAGGAGGAAAGAGAAAGGCAGAGACGGCAUGCAGCGUGGCAAAGACGUCGGCAUAGAGGAGGUGAUUGUAGAAUUAACUGAUUUGUUUUAGAUGUCUUUGUAUUUGUGUGCUAGUGUACAAAAUAAACUAUUUAACUAUUAAAAUUUAUGUGAGGAGUUUGUCGACCAGUAACUUAAGUAACAUAGAUUACUUGACAACUCUGUCACCAUCCAUCAAAGUAAACAUGGAAUGGCAGCAUUUAGGUACUUUUAAUCACAAAGCUGGAAGAAACUUCUGCUGACAAGAACCUAGAGUCUGUUGAAUUGCCUGUGUUCGAGGAAUAAAUAUAUGAGAUUAUUUAA